UGGUAUUUGUUACAAUAGCAAUAUAUUAUACAUUUCCGGCACAGUACGUGCUGUGUUAGCUAGCUAGAACUUGGAUAGCUAACAUGAUUGACAACUAAUUUAAUUAAUAUGUCGUUUUUGUUGCUUGUCAGGACUUCCGGAACAUUCUAGAAAAUGCUCAGCAUGCAUAUGUGAAAUUCUACAUAGUUUCGGGAAACAUUAAGCGACUCUGAGGCCUGUCUGGGAGUGUCCAAUGUUGCGUUGUAAGCAUGGCUUCAACUUCCAGUUUUGCUCCUCCAAAGCUGGCGGACUUUAUCCUGACAGAGCGACUGGGCAGUGGCACAUAUGCUACAGUCUACAAGGCCUACAGGAAGGGGGACAACAGAGAGGUGGUAGCAGUGAAAGUGGUUGGGAAGAAGACUCUAAACAAGACUUCAACAGAAAACCUGCUCACAGAGAUUGAAAUCUUGAAAACAAUUCGUCACCCUCAUAUAGUCCAGUUGAAAGACUUUCAGUGGGAUGCUGAGAACAUUUAUUUGAUCCUGGAGUGGUGCUCUGGUGGAGAUCUCUCCCGCUUCAUUCGCAGUCGCAGGAUUUUACCUGAAAGCGUGGCCAGACGUUUCCUGCAGCAGAUAGCCUGCGCCCUCCAAUUUCUUCAUGAGCGAAAUAUCUCACACCUGGAUUUGAAGCCUCAGAAUAUUCUGCUCAGUGGCUCUGUCCUCAAGUUAGCAGAUUUUGGUUUUGCACAGUACAUGUCACCGUGGGAUGAGCAGAGUGCACUGAGAGGUUCUCCUCUUUACAUGGCUCCUGAGAUGGUGUGCAGACGCCAGUAUGACUCCAGGGUGGAUCUCUGGUCUGUGGGAGUCAUUCUAUAUGAGGCAUUGUUUGGACGAGCACCAUUUGCAUCUAAGUCAUAUGCUGAAUUGGAGGACAAGAUUCGGAGUAACCAGCCUAUUGAGCUCCCUCCUGGGGCCAGGGUUUCCAAGGACUGCAGGGACCUUCUGCUGCGGCUGCUUGAGCGAAAUCCAGAUGCCCGGAUCACCUUUGCAGAGUUCUUCACCCAUCCUUUUUUGGAUUUGGAGCACAUGCCGAGUGCAGACAGUAUAGUGAAAGCAAAGGAGCUGGUACUUCAGGCCGUUCAGAAGGACCAGGAAGGGGAGAGGUCUGCUGCUCUUUCUUUUUAUUGCAGUGCCCUUGAGCACUUUGUCCCCGCUAUUCACUAUGAGGCCGACCAAAAACGUAAAGAUGCCCUCAGGCAGAAGGUCAAACAGUACGUAUCCAGAGCUGAGGAGCUGAAAGCCCUGCUAACUUCAGACAACAGGCGGAGAUUUGAGGAGGCCCGAACAUCCAGAGAUGUUCUCCGAGAAAUGUCUCAAGACCAACCUCGACUGCUUGCUGCCCUGGAGCUGGCCUCCAUCGCCAUUGCUAAGGAGGAAGGCGGCUCAGAUGACCAUGAGGCCCUGGAUUUGUACCAACAAUGCUUAGGGGAGUUACUGUUGGCGCUGGCAGCUGAGCCUCAGGGCCGCAGGAAGGAGCUGCUCCACAGUGAGAUAAAAAGCCUCAUGACGAGAGCUGAAUACCUCAAAAAGCACAUUAAGAUGCAGGAGACUCAGAUGGAUGUGUCUCUGGAUCGAGAAUCUCUCGCAGAUUCUGUCAGAAGCUCCUGCUGUUUGCAGUGAGUGGGGCGGCCACCAUGAGAAGCCUGGAGUGUCCCACAGCCUCUGUCAGUGUUCAGGUUGGACACAGAGCUCUCACCUCACGGGCCCUAUGUGGGGCCCAAAAUCACACCACAUCCUAACCAACUGAGUACACAGUCUGGGUGGGAUGUUGCACUUGCCAGCCAAAUGUGGUCUGUGUUUUGGCUGUUGGUGGAAAGUUUUUCUAUUAGAUGAAUUGGCAGGUAAAGAGCUUUAGUUUAUUAUUUUUCAGGGAAGGAAAAAAAGAGUUUGCUGGUAAAAUGCUGAAAGUAGCUCUUGAAUUUUAGAUUUGGACACUGGUGAAUGUGAAAGUUCCCGGCUCUGUAAACGGCAUUGUUUGGAGGGCUUAGCCUUGAUCUCCUCCUCCCGACAUACCAUUGAUAUGUAAAUGCUGGACAGCUUGUAUGACAAUACCACACUGUCAUGGUAAAUGAGUUAAACUGAGACUGCUGCAUUUUAGUGGAGCACAGGGCAACAACAGUAUGUCCAGAAUGCUUCCAAACUGCGAAAACUGUAAAUAAAAUCAAAUGUGAACAAAACUCAUAGCAGUUUAUAACUGUGUUAAUAUUGUCUAUUGAGGCCUGUGCUGAAAUUAUAUUUAAGUGUAAGACCCCUCUAAUCCCCCAAUCUCCUCCACUGCCUUUACUGUGGGUCCACCACAGGCUCACCAUGCCCUCUCUGCUGAUGGAGUCCUCACCACCAUUAGAGGAGCGUGACUUCUGCCUUAUUUACACUGGUCUUAGGUUUGGCAUUGGCUCUAUCUGAGGGGCGCUCUGAGUCAUCAUGCUCAUCCAAAACCUUUAUAACAAGGCUGCUGUGAACAUGUAGAAAACGGUAAGUUAGUGGCAUGCUGCUGUAGGGUUGUAGUUACUUCAUUUCAGAUAAAAUGCUGGGAUUUUCCAAAAGGGAGCUUUAUUUUGAGGACAGAGCUUGAAGGCAACUUGCACCUGAAACAUGGAUCAAAUGAGAAAAUUCUAUCUGCUGGAAAGAAUUACACUUGCUGUAUUGUUUGUUUUUUUUUAUUUUAAGUUGACAAAUGUUUUAUAAUGUAUAAUGUAAGGGACAAAACAGAUGUCAAAUUUAAUAGAAAAUAA